AUAACAAGUAAUAUACAUAAAUAAAUAAUAUAACUUAUAAAAAAAAAUAUUUAAAAAUUAAAUUAAAUUUUACAAAAUGGGUAGAGUAGAACAACAAGCUAAAGAAAACUUCAAUUCAUUAUCACACGAAGGUGAAAAAUUAAAGAAUAAAGCAAAUUUAGAAGCUGAAAAAUUCAAAUACAAUGCCAAAGAAGAUAUUAAAGAUUUAAACAAAGAUGUUGAAGAGUCAGCCACCACAUCAUGGGAAUCAGUUAAGGAAGGCGCAAUUUCUGGUGCCCAUACAGUCCAAGAAUAUAUCUCAAGCGGUAUUGACUCAGUCAAGAGUGCAUUCGUUGAUCCAGAAGAAAAGGCAAUUGACGAUUUAAAGAAGAAUGUUAAUGAAAAAUUAGAAGAAGCUGAAACCGAAAGCCAUGGUAUCAUUGAUGGUAUCUCAUCUUUCUUCAAGGGUGCAAAAGAAGAAACUACAGAAGAAGGUCAACGUUUAGUCAAUGAAGCUUACAAGAAGGGUGAUCAAUUAGUUGGUGACGUCCAUAAAAACACCAAGAGAAUGGCUGCUGAUACCAGAAAAGAUAUUGAAAUGAACACAUCUGAAUUAAAGAACGACCUUAGUAAAUUUAGCGAAGAUGCCAAAAAGAAAGCUGAAGAAAUCAAACAUAAAGCAGUUGACACAUAUGAAGAUUUCUCCAAAGAUGCCUCAAAGAAAGCCGUUGAUAUCAAAAACAAAGCCUAUGAUACCUAUGAAGACUUUACUAAAGAUGCCUCAAAGAAAGCAAAUCAAUUCAAAAACAAAGCAUAUGAUACCUAUGAAGAUCUCGCUACUGAUGCUACCAAGAAAGCCAACCUCCUCAAAAAGAAAGCUGGUGAAACCCUCGAUGAAUCUGCCAAUGCCAUCGAAAAUGAAUACAACUUUAUCAAGAAAGAUCUCGGUACAUUAAACAAGAGAAAUGGUGCUAUUUGGGCUGGUAUUGGUGGUGUCUCUGGUACAGUUGCAUCAUCAUUCUUCUUCCCAACUGCAUCACCAAUGGCUAGAUUCUCUCUUAUUGCUGGUUUAGCUACACUUGGUGGUUACUAUGGUUUACAUCAAAGACAUAAUGCCUACAUCGACAAUUCACUUUACAGACAAAAGAAAGAAGAAAUCAAAAGAAAAUUAUAAACAACAACAAAUACAAAAAUAACAACCAAAUAACAUUUUAAAUUAAAUAAUAUUGGUUGUAAUAAUGUACAGUCCAAAAAAAAAAUAAAAAAAAAAAUAAAAUUUAUUUUUUCUAUAUAUUCGUUUUCAAAAUU